ACCAGUCGGUGCGAGCGCGAUCAGCCACGCGCACCUCUGUGCCGCGCGUCAACUUCGAAACGAAUUAUAUCGAAACAUUCGAAUCAAACGGCCUCUGUCCAUUGUCGACUCACUAUUGUCAAGUGACAGCCUUACGUCCAGUGUCAAGUUCAGUGUUUGCGUUCGGUACGAGUUUUCUAGCUUUUUAACUGUUUAUGUUUACUACUGUCGGUGUUUUAUUUAUGUGUCAUUCAUUGGAUUUACCUCAACUGAAAGUUUUUGAAGAACAAGUUUUGUACACUGCAUGCGCUGGAUUAAACAAUUGUUUACAUUCUUCAUGUAUUGACUUUGACAUGUGUUAAGGUUGAACAAAAUUAUAUGUGACAUAAUGUGCUAAAGUCUGGUUAGUUACCAACGUGGUUGUGACCCUGGGAUGAAAACAGUUCUUUUUUGUGUCGUUGUAAAGUGAUGGUUGUCAACAGCAAUGCCAGAUUGGCGAUACAACGUGCUCUCGACCAACGAGGCAUUCAUAGACACUGAAGGGGCGCCCAUGUGUGACCCACUGGCCGCGAGCUACCCGCGCCGCGCCGACCGCAGCAGGCCGCACCACACCUGCCCCUACACCACCAUAUUCCUGGGUGGCCGCUCACAUCAUGCUCCCUAUAGAUUACCAGCUCUGCAGAGUGAUUCCAUUGAUCCCUAUGCAGAUGUUUACUCUGUGGACCGGUCAUCCAAUCUCACCGACACCUCGAGUUUUGCACGAUACGAGGAUUGUCGCCCACACAUCGAUGAGAUCUUGUCAGAAUCCGAGGAUCAAGCUUACGUUGACGGAAAUUUGACAGAAAAUUUAACACAAGUUCAAAAAGUGCCAUACGGUUCGAGUGUGUUUUAUCUGUCCGGAAAAACUGAAGCAGCACGGAAAGACGUAGUGCAAAGUAAUGAUGUCUUCCUCGUGGAAGAAUCCGAUUCGGAUGCAUUAUCGUCGUGCACCUGUGACAGUUUUGAACGAUGUGAGUUUGAUUGUAGAGACUUUGAACCGUUCUCGGACACGUGUUGUUGCGAUCCAUUAAGUGACGGUGUGUGUAGUCGGAGUCCUAAGGAUGUCGACUCCCCGGAACAUUUCUGUGACCGAGUGGCGGAAGAGGAUGGUGUAUCUAAUCGCAGUGAUAUGGACGGUUUGGAUCUUGCGCUGUUUGAACCGGCGCAAACUGAGUCGGGUGAAGGCGAGGAAGCACCUGCACAAACGACUGCUGUAUCCGCUUCGUCCACUCUGUGCGGAGUAUUGUACGCUCUGCCCGACAGCUGCAUUGAUGGGGCAACAAGCGCGGUUGCGGGUGCGGCUGUGGGGGUGCCCCUAUCUUGGGAGCCAUUCUACUGCGUGCUGCAGCAGGAUCGACGCAUCCUCACUGCAUAUACCAGCGAAGAGCUUGCUUCGUUCCCUGGGUUUUAUAUCGACAAGAGCAAUAAUAACGGAGAAUAUUCAUCGAGGAGUCUUCCUCGUGUGAGGCUCGACAACGGUGCUAACGUUGGCACGGCCGGUGUUAGACUCCGCUGUUGGGCUGCACCGCCAUCAAUAACAGAAGAAGAUGUUGAAGAAGAAAUCGAAGAAGAUGCAGUAUCACUACGGGCAAUGCCUGCUCAAGAUACUUCCUAUGAAAAGGCAUGUCGUCGUGGCUCAGCGCCGAGCACGCCGGUGCCGGGUGCGCAGGCGCAGCACAGUCCCUCACGGCUGGCUUCCUUCUUCUUUUCCAAACGCUCGUUCAGGAGCAACCCCCUCAAGAGGACCAAGUCAGCGACGAAGCUCGAGAGGGAACGAGCCCUCGCCACCGUGCCCACACAUCCACCAACACAUGCCUUACGGACGUCAAGAUCUCACGAAAGCCUUCUGUCUGCACAUUCACCCGCCGUUUCCACCAUGGAUUUGGGGCCACCUAAUCAAGUAGAAAUCCGAUCUCUGCACUCGUCAGUCCUGGGCAGGCCACAUUGCUUCGCGCUCAGUGCUGAGAGUAGAGCGCCUCGCUACUUCGCCUGUGCCUCGCGGAAAGAACGGGAUCGCUGGAUAUACAGCUUACGGCAAGCGGCACGGCCGGACGAGUUGCGCACGCGCCGAUGUGAGCGGACCGUCAAGCUGUGGCUAUUGGAGGCCAAGGCGAUACCGCCCAAGAAGAGAUACUACUGCGAGAUCCUGCUCGACGAUACGUUAUAUGCGAGAUCAUCAUCAAAGCUGAAGACGGAGCUAUGUUUCUGGGGCGAGGUGUAUGAGUUCGGCAGCCUGCCGGCGGUGCGCGCCAUACACGUCAACGUGUACAGGGAGCCCGAGCGACGCUCCAGGAAGAGGGACAAACAUGCGCUUGUUGGUACAGUCCGCAUUCCAGUCGACGACGUAUCCUCCAGAUACCUCAACGAGCGGUGGUACCCACUGACUGAGACCGACAAGCCCCAGUCCCCGGCCGCGCCUGCGCCCGCGCUGCGAAUCAAGUGCCGCUACCAAAGCGUUGAUGUACUACCCAUCGACAACUACGCUCGGUUCCUAGACUAUCUGAAGAGGAAUUACAGACGGUUGUGUGAAUAUUUGGAGCCUGUUAUCGGUGUGAAAGCCAAGGAGGACAUCGGUUGUGCGCUGGUACUGUGUAUGGCGGGCGCGGGCAUGGCGCCGCGCUACCUGGCCGACGUGGUGGCGCUGGACGUGCGCCGCACCGGCGACCACUCGCUCACCUUCCGCGGGAACUCGCUCGCAACCAAGAGCAUGGAGGCCUACCUCAAGCUCGUCGGUGAUCAGUAUCUGCAGGACACGCUGUGCGCGGCGGUGGCGGCGGCGGCGGGCCCGGGCGCGGCGGAGUGCGAGGUGGACCCGCUGCGCGCGGGCGGCGCGGCGGCGCUGCGGCGCCAGCAGGCGGCGCUGCGGGACGCCGUCACCCUCGCCUGGCGCUCCAUCGAGCACUCCGCGCCACGCUUCCCGCCGCCGCUCAGAGACUGCUUCGCUACCUUCCGAGAAAGACUGACGGCGAUGGGUCGAGAAGACAUCUCGGACAACUUGAUCAGUGCAUCCAUCUUCCUUCGCUUCCUUUGUCCAGCUAUACUGUCUCCAAGUCUUUUUGGAAUCACACAUGAGUACCCGAAUGAGCGCGCAGCCCGUAACUUGACUUUGGUGGCGAAGACUCUGCAGACCCUGGCCAACUUCACGCGGUUCCAGGGCAAGGAGGCCUUCAUGGAGUUCCUCAACGACUUCCUUGAGCAGGAGGCGCCUCAUAUGAAGGCGUUCCUUAGAGCUAUUUCGACUCGUCCACAAGAGCAACAACAAUCUCAACAACAACAACAACAGCAGCAGCAGCAGCAACAACAACAGCAACAACAGGAUGGCAGUAAGCGCAACUCUGCCGCCUCGCAGGGAUCCAACUCCGGGUCUGAGGGACCCCGCGACAGCGUGGAGCCCGACCCCGAGUGGGCUCCGCACGUGGACUUGGGCAAACAACUCGCCACGCUACACGCGUUGCUUGUUGAUAGCUUGCCUAAGCUACCUGCUAAUAAGAUACAGGAGUUGGACCCAUUAUCAGACAUUUUAGACGAACUAAGCAAGAGGCUAGUAAGCAACGACAUCAGCUCUCCUGCACCCCCUGCUGCUGAUAAUAUCUUCAGGUUCAACGACCCUACUUGUAAUACGCCUACGAAGCAACCGAUCGAGCCAGCAACCAACGGACAGGUCAACAAUUUUGCUCACAGCUCUCCCAUCAUGAACAAAAACGGUGUUCAAUUCAACAUCAGUCCAUCCAAAUCGAACGCCGAGGAAUCAAAGUAUAAGCCUGGAUAUGCAGCUGUCACCAAGUCGCCCAGCUUCAACUUACGAUCAGCUACUUUACCCAGGAAUGGCUACGGUUCCAGUCCUGCAAGCCAAGCAGUCAAUCCAGACAGAUACAGUUCGCAAUACAACAAUCAAGAACAUUGCGUCAAUCUGAAAGUUGUACAAAUUGGCUUUGGAUCCGACCAGUAUCCCAAAGGCAUAAGUAAUGGCGUCGGUGAAAGCUUAGAGCGCAGGUUCCAGGACCGGUACAAGCCCAACAACAACUACAACAACCAACAAGCCCACUUUCACAAUUCCAACUACAACAGCACUGAGAGGUCACCAAGCAGCGACAGCAUCAACCACAAUUACUGCUCCAGUGACAUGCAGAACAUCAUGAAAGAAACUGCUACACUAGAGGAACUGUCCGACCUUCUGAAGUAUGCUGAUGACUCUGAAAUAGUUGAAGACAAACUCAUUAUGAACAAAAAGAACUUGUCACAAUCUAUUUCAAAUAACAACAACAUCGUGAAUGGAAAUAAGACCAACUACACAAACAACGGCUCCAACGUUUCCAUUAGUGGCUUAUCAAAUGUAGCGAGUUCCGGUUACCAAAGUAUUGCUACGUACAGUCAAAGUUCAAGUCCCAUUGAGAAUACGACGCACCAUCAUCAGCCAUACGAGAAUGGCGGACAGCCAAUGAGUCGAUACUCACAAAUGAAUUACCAGAAGCAAAGAGACAAACAGUAUUAUGACAGUAAAAACGAAAAGUUCUAUCCAAAGAGCCCAGUGCAACAAAAAAUUGACUAUGACAUCCAAAAGUAUGGAAUCCAAAACUUCACAACUGCGGAUAACACACCAUCAAACACCAACACAAAUCCAAAGGUAGCUCCGCUAGUGUUCACGAAUCCAGUGUACAACAUGGAUGACAAUCGUCAGGCGCAAGAGAAGAAGAACAAUGAAAACAGAAAUUCAAAACGUUGUCCUUGUGGCUCAUCCAGUUCAUCGAUAGAUGAGGAGGGUUUGAGCACAGACAACGUCGAGACAAACUCUGAAGAGGGUUCUACUAACUUCAACGAGGAUAGUAGAAACUAUGACCAACAGAAUCGCAACAAUUCCCACCGAAAACUCACCAGAGAUAACUGUAAUUAUGAUGAUAUGUAUCAGAGGAGCAACCAUAGUCACUCCCCAAGGAUACGAGACGACGAAUCGUCUAGCAAUUCGCCUAGUCUACGGAAGAGUAGUAAGACGCGAAUGCCCAGAACAAAUCCUAUGCUCUCUUACUCCACAAACCAAAAUCCCGUUAACUUCAAACACUUUGGACAAAGAGGAGAAUCACUGUACGAAAGCAAGCCUCACCACAUCUCAACCGAUUCCGGCUACCCCAUGAGCAGGUCCGACUCGAACGUAGAGGAAGUCAACAAAGAAAUGUACAGGUUACAGAUUUCACGCAGUCAGAAGGCACUCUACAACAUGGAGAACUCUAAAAACUCUCCAGAAAAGUACUCGAUGACUGAAAGUGCAAUACCAGAGACUAACUAUCCGCUGGAUCGGACCUAUUCUGGAGCAAAAAUGUCGAGUAGCCGACUGAACGAAGAUUUAGAAAGGCACCAAGAAUACUACGGGGUUCGAGGUGAAAGACGAGAAUCUCCAUCGAGAGUGGUGUUCGGGCGCGAGUCGCAGUCAAGUGAGGCCAGCGAGCGCGCGCCCGCGGACAAACUGCACAGGAGGCUCAGCCUGGACUCCGCGCGAGACCUCACUGACAGCUCCGACGAGAUGGAAGACACGCUCUAUAGUACUACAGGUCGACGACGAGCUUCGAAGCAUCAGAGGACCAUCGAACAGUACGAACGUGAAAUUGAAAGGUUAAAAUGUUCUGUGGAACUUCUUCGCGGGAGGUUGGGACCAGCCGAGCCGGGACAAGAUCAUACGGACGCUAAAAUGAAGGCCAUCAUCUCAAGGUUGAUUUGUGUGGAGGAAGAACUGAGACGAGAGCAACGCAAGAUGGCCGCGGCGCUGUCGCACAAGCAGCGCGUGAUCGAGGCGCAGGAGCAUCGCAUCGCGGCGCUGGACGAGGCCAACACGCGCCUGCUGUCCGCGCUCGUGCACCUGCAGCAGCGCGCGCCGCACUCGCCGCACGCGCCGCACGCGCCGCACCAGCCGCACACUGCGCACGCGCCGCACGCCGCCGCCGCGCACCCCGCGCCGCACUCGCAACACACGCACCAAGAGCUGCAGAUAUAAACGUAACGCAGAUAUAGAUACAGGUAGAUACCACUCGUGGAGGAAGUUUACCAACUUUUGUACCUGUUGACUGAAUUUGAACUUUAAGUGAAAGAAAAAUAAUAUUCAUAUUCUUUCACACAGAUUCAUAAUAACCUUAGUUUUCAUAUGUUGUUCUGUUCAUUUAAAUGAGAAUGUAUUGAGAGAGCUGAUAACACCUUGAUAAUAAUUAGGUAUAAGAUUUAUCCUAAGAAGUACUGGUAUUAACGAUGAUAUUAUUUAAAAAUUGGAUCCACCUUUAUCUAUGUCUGUACCGUAGCAUUUUAUCAGUCUCGAUAGUACUGCAUCAGAAAUACUGUUUUCAAUGUACGCUGUUAUUUUGAUCUCUGUUUUCAUUGGACGACUCAACGCAUACGAUGUUGGUGCAUUCGAUUUAAACGAAUGAACAUUACUUUUGUAACAUAUUUGGAAAUUAAGUUUCUCAGUGCUAUGAUGGAAUGUAUGCUCUGGCUUCUUUAGCAGUUUUGUAAAAAAUGAGUGCUAAAUAGUUUGUGAAAUUACAGUAUGAUUGAUUGUAUGUGCGUUCUAUUAUUCUAUGUACUAUUUUUCAAAUAAAUUAUUCUUAUUCUCCUAUUUUACGCACAAAAUGGUACAACGGCCCGUUAGUAGUGUCGUGUGAUGAAUGUCUACUUUGCUUAUUUUAAAGUUUCAUACAGUUAAAGGCACAAUUAACAAGUUUUGCACGCAGUUUAUCUAUAUUAUUAGAAAGUGUUCGUCGUUGUAUGUCUUCGUUAAUUGCAAUAUGAAUAAACUCAUCGCGGAGUAAAUAUUUGUUAUAACAUAAUGGUUAGUAUUGUUUUGUAACUCGUGUAUCGCAAUAAUUGUUUUGCCAUUUAACAUUUUUGUUACAUUGUUUCUUUAGUUUUAUUGAAAUAUGCUUUAAAUGACAUUAAUUCUCUAUAAAUAUCAGUAUUUUCGUAAAUUCGAUGUAACGUUCGCUCCAUGUGUCGACAUGUUUGAUUUCUGUAACAAUGAUACCAAAGACGAUUGAAUAUCCCUUAGACUGGUUGCAGUGGUCAUAUCGAACCCGCUGCAACCAAGUCUUAGUGUUGUAUUUUAAAUAAAAAGUUAUAGAUUUUAUAAUUAUAAUAUAAGACUUGUAUCAUAAUAUUCUUAAGAGAUACGAUAAGUUUAAUGUGGUAUGAAAUCAAAAUUUAUUUUUAAUACCUUUGGAGUAUUAUAACUAUUAUGGGAUUUAUAAAUUGUUAAACAACCUAAUACUUAAAAUUGUAAGUCUGUAUCGAGAUGUAAAAGUAAGUUUCAAACCACGACUUAUGACGUAUUGUGCAACAUACCUAGUUACAGCGAAAAUGUAAUUUAAGCCAUAACUUGAAUUAAAUAUACCUACACCGGUAUAUAAAUUAUCACAUUAAAUUAUGAAUUACGUA